AGAGUAGACCCCAAUGAUAUCCUUCUAAUCAACAUAUCAACAUCUCAGCAGGAUGCACAUGUCACAACUGAUACCCAAACACACAAUGACACGUUAAUGCUGAAUUUGUCAGGCAAUGCUACAGAAGAUGCAUAUAGCAAUUUGCUGUCAGCAAUUAUAUUUCACAACAGAAAUUUCAACCCUGGUAAUCCAGCAUCCUUUCCAAGGACUGUUAAUAUAUCAAUUUUUGAUGGCAAAUUCUGGAGUAACAGCAUUCAGUUUCAUGUGGACUUUGUCCCAGUCAAUGACCCACCAUCAAUGCAAAUAACUGGGACUGUUGAUGUGACACAGUAUUCUUCUUCACGUAAUCGUCAAGCAAAUAAUACAUACGAAGAAGAUAAUCUACCUGUUGCACUAAUUGAAAAUCUAACUAUUUAUGAUGUUGACAGCAACAAUGGAAGUUGGCUAAAAGUUGUACUCAAUCGAGCACUGGAUGGACAAGCUGAAAAGCUAGCAUUCAAUGAGACUUUAGCAAACAAAAGUGGCUUGAUCAUACAGUCACAGACAUGGCCAGAUAACACUACACUUGAGUUAGUAUUCAGUGGCAAUGCCCCAUUCUAUAUGUAUAGAGAACUUAUACGCACUUUCAACUAUGCAAACACAAAGAAUGAGAACCCAAUCACUGGACAACGAUUUGUUACAUUCAUUCUAGCAGAUGACCAAGGUGCUGUCAGUGGUCCGAUCAUAAUUCGAAUCACAGUUCUUGAAAGAAACGACGAACCUGAUGUAGACUUGGGAGGAGGUGCUGGUGUGAUAGAUACAGUAACUUUCAAUGAUGGUGACAACGUUGGAGUUGAGCUUGUCAGUCAUCCACAUAGACUUCGCAUUAUGCUACCCGACUCAGCAGCAAUAUCAAAAAUCACAGUGGAACUAAGGGCAACUAAUGGCUUCAUAUUUGACGAGACAGAAUACAUCUAUCCAGUCAGACUCUUUCCAGAUACGGUGCAGUUCGAACUUGGACCUGCAGCUAAAUCAAUAACAUUAUUAGGCAAUGCACCACUAGAGGACUAUAUCAGAGCAGUACAAGCACUGAGAUAUACCAACCUAGAAAAUGAGCCAACCACCUUUCUUAUAAUCAAUGGUUCCCAGGUUGAUAUCAACAGAACAAUCAUCAUCACUGUUACUGACUCAGGCUUGCGUGGAUUACCACCAGCGUCAACUGUUGCACAAGUCUUGCUUGAAAUCAAGAUGGUAAAUGACAACCCUCCAACAUUGUCUCUGAACAUCCUUCCUGAGUGUAUUGCCAAUGCUGAACCCAUGCUUCACAUUCAAAAGAGAUCAGUCGCAGAAACCAGCCACAUCAGCAAUUGCACUGAAAAAGCACCAACAGUCUCUAGUGUUGAGCUGCAAGGCUACAAUGGAACAUACAUCCGUGCCACUUCAAGACUGGUCAUUCAGUUUUCCAGAAACACUAAUGCUCCACCCAUUGCAAAGUGUGAACAUCUGGACCAAGUCCUAACACUGUCACCAUUGAAUCUCGCUUUAGCAAGAAAACUUGCAAUUUGGGAAAACACUGCAAGACUUGUGAUAAUCUUCCAGGAAAAUGUUGCUAUUCCAGAAAAGAAACAAGUGCAACUUGAUUUCCAUGAUUCAAGUGGUCAAGUAGGAGUUAAUGAGAAAUGUAAGCAUCAUGUUUGUCUACCAGAUGGUUUGUCUAAGAGUGUGUCAGGUUCAUAUAUAGCUGAGCCAUUUCUACCACGUCCACUACAACUGUGACCAUCCCUAUACAGGCGAAUGACUUGGUACACAAUUUCAUAGCCAAGAAAAGUACAACGCAACCUCACUUAUAGACACUAGAAUUCUCUGUAAUAAAAUGUGGCAGCAAGGCAAACACUUCAACUCCCUUUACUAGUUUUAGAGUAUAAUCAACCAAACCUCUACCAAAGCUAA